CCCUGUCUCUAUCAUCAUUCGCCCCCGCACCAUCCCUCUUGAGCCCACGAAGCCAUGCUGAUUUCUGCAGCUAAAAUCGCCGUGAGCUGCUUGACCCUGUUGCUCGUCCGGGUCAUCUCGCUGCUCUUCCGGUUCUCCAAGACUCUCCGGAGCGAGAAGGGCCGAACCAGCCCAUGCGCAACCUGCAUUAUCCUUGGAUCAGGCGGGCAUACCUCAGAAAUGUUCCGGCUGCUCAAAGCCCUACCGACGGGCCAGUUUGACCCCCGGAUCUACGUGAUGGCCCAGAGCGACCAUAUCAGCGACGCCAAGAUGAAAGAGUUUGAGGAAGAGAGGCUGCGCCGCGUGCCGAAUGGCAUCCGCACAGGAAAGGCCGAGUGCGUUCGCAUCCCUCGAGCCAGGGAAGUGGGUCAGCCCUUCUCCACGGUGCUCCCGAGCUUCCUCAGAGCGGUAUAUGCUUCGUUCGCCAUCUUUUGGAAACACGAUCCUGAACUGAUUAUCUGCAAUGGGCCCGGCACAUGCCUUCCGAUCUGCUUGAUUGCCUAUGCCCUGCGCAUCCUCUUUAUCCGGCGUGUCCGCAUCGUCUAUGUCGAGUCCUACGCAAGGGUGUCGACGCUUUCGUUCACCGGCAAGAUCAUGUACUGGAUCGCGGACCGCUUCAUCGUCCAGUGGUAUCCGCUGCGGGAAAAAUACUGGAAGGCCGAGUAUUUGGGGCGGCUGGUGUGAGCGCCCGUGGCGGGGAGAGGGAGGGCAGAAGCCCGAUGUCCCAGUGAACAGUCUGUUGGAUGUCUCGCCCCGAUGGGAGCGGCCUGGGACGAUCAGUCCGAUCAUCGGCGGCCCGUUUGGAUGUCGAUGCAUACAUCUCAGUAAGUUGGGUGGAGGGCGCUGCCAACAAAUGUAUUCAUGCAAAUCGAUUCUUCACAGUUCACGGCUUGACAACACAUGGU